AUGGACCGGUGUCGUUGUGAAGAUUAUUCUGCAGCUGUCAAGAAAAUAAAGUUCUUCACCGUGGGCACUCUUCGCCCUGAUAUCCUUGAUAAUUUCGACAGAUCGCAAUAUGUAACGGCAUGGGUUAAGAAUGGUAUAAGUUUGGUCGACUUACGGUUCUUGAAACCCAGGGCGUGGAAAAAGGUGCCUCCCUCAGAAGUUCCCGAGGACCAGUCGAGUGAGCGACGGCGACAGAUCGAAGAGAUGUGGUGCCCAUACAUGACACCAUUUAAAUUAGAAAUGUUUGAGACUGAUCAGCAGUAA